GUUUUAGAUGUAACUUAGCAUUAAAGCAAAUAAGAGCCUUAAAGUGUAAUGGACUUUAAAGGGCACAGUGCAUCUCUGUCAGCGUAUAGAGGCAUCAAGUGCUGCGUUUUAACCUUCUCAAACAGUGAGAAUGUUUAUGCCAAAGUCACAUCGGUCAACUUACUGAACCUUCUGUGACAUCCACAGCAAAGUUCUCAAUGGAUCACAAUGUUUCAGACCCAAAAGAACCGCAUGUUGAGACACCAAAGCUGAAGAGUUGCUCAGUGGCCAAAUGAUUUAGGUUAAUCAGAUAAUUAAAUGGGGUAUUAAUAGCGAGGCGGGCAACAGGCCAGUGAAGGAGUGGCAUCUCUUUCCUCACACUACAGCUUACACCACCACAUCACUCGGCCGGAAUGUGGUGGUAUAUAAAUAUACAGCCUCAGCAACAUCGAGAAUGUGACCGUAAAAACUGUUAAAUCCUUGGUGGCUUCAAGUCUCUUUUCCUGUAGACUGCUGAGACUAAAGCUAAAUCAUGCUGGCUACCAGGAGUUUGCUGUUCAAAAAAACACUGGCUAUUCUUUCUCGCCAGCCUGCAUUCUUUGUUCACCAUGGUGACUAUGGCAACUGGGGAAAUACCAAUGUUGCAGUGGUUUUCUCAGGAUGCGGCUGGUGGGACGGAACUGAUGUCCAUGAGGGCGUGUACACAAUGUACCACCUGAGCCGCAACGGUGCACGCUUCCAGAUGUUUGCUCCAAACCAGCAGCAGAUGCAGGUGAUGGACCACACAAGGAAGCAGCCAGCCUCUGGCGAGAACCGAAACAUGAUGAUGGAGUCGGCACGCUUCAGCCAUGCUCUAGGAAUGACACAGAUGCAGGACCUGGCCAAGCUGGAUGUUAACAGCUUUGAUGCAGUCAUCUUUCCUGGAGGACAUGGAAUCACCAAGAAUCUAUCCUCUUUCAUGAAGGAUGGAAAAGAUUGCAAGCUUCAAAAUGAUGUGGAAAGAAUCCUGAAAGAUUUCCAUCGCUCACGCAAGCCAAUUGGACUGUCCAGCAUGGCCCCUGUGCUGGCUUGCCGUGUGCUGCCUAGCCUUGACGUGACUAUGGGCUAUGAGCGUGAUGACACCACUCGCUGGGGAUCCUGGCCUCACACAAACAUGGUGCAGGCGGUAAAGAAUAUGGGUGCACAUCACCACGUACGUGAGCCAUAUGAAGCUUAUGUGGACGAGAAGAACAAAGUGGUCAGCACCCCGACCUUCAUGUGGGAGACGGAGUAUCACUAUCAUUACAUAUUUGAUGGGAUUGGAAAUAUGGUUAAACACGUCAUGCGUAUGUCGACCAAGUGAGCCGACGGUUAAAAACCAGAGGAAGUAAUAGAAGAUGUCACUGUCGGCAGACACUGUGUACCUCUGUGUUGUUAAAUUCUAAAGGGAAACUAUAUAAAUGCAUUAGUUGAACAGAACAGGGCUCGUUUAUUUCGAGAGAAAUGUGUACUGGUUAAUGUGAUUAAAAUGUACGCGUUUAGAGCGAAGACGGAUAUUUCACUGUAGUGUUAAUGUGCUGUAAUUCUCACGAGGUGCAUGGGUGGAUUCAACAAGUUCUCACAGUGGAGCGUCUCUACCAAGGUCAACACCGAUCCAGUCAUCUCCAGGUUCGAAGUGUCAUCGUGCAGCAAACCUUCCUGUCGGUUUAUUUUUCUGAAAGAAAAAAUAAAAGCAUAGUGCACAAAACAUUUUCUUUUAAUCUCUGAGGGAUAAACCAGCGGUGAAUUGUGCGUUGCAGCUAUACAUAAAUGUCGACUCCUCACCGUAUAAAAGAAAUGUAUGAAACACAAGAUGUCG